AUGUUAGAGCCUGAGCUCUGUUCUUCUAGGAUGCUAUCGCCUUUUCGUGAGGAAAGCGGGGAUGAGGAACUUUCAGUUCUUCCCAGGCACACCAAGGUCAUUGUCACUGGAAACAAUAGAACAAAGUCUGUCUUGGUGGGUCUGCAAGGUGUGGUCAAGAAAGCUGUUGGACUUGGGGGUUGGCACUGGCUGGUUCUGAAAAAUGGGGUUGAAGUUAAGCUGCAAAGGAAUGCAUUGAGUGUGCUGGAACAUCCUACAGGGAAUGAAGAAGAUUCUGAUCAUGAUUACUCUAGCAGCAGCUCUGACCACGGUGACAAGGAGAAUGAUUUCUCUAGAUGUCUUGAGUUUCACAAAUCUAGUAAACCAAGAGUUCGAUAUCCAAGGCCAUAUGUUCCAUCCACAUUAACCAAGUCAAUAAAUCGCGGAAGUUAUAGAGAAGUUCAAUCCAUCCACAGACCUCAACCGAGGGUAAACUUGGCAAAACUAGGAACAAGCACAUUGCGGAGGUAUUGCAGACACUUCAACCUUUUAACCAGCAAUUCUAAUCCAACAAGAGAACAAUUGAUCAAUGUUGCACAACGACAUUUUAUAUCGCAGCAGAUGCCAUUGGAUGAAGUAUCGGUGGUCACUGAAUUCGUCGAUGCUACCAGGAGUCGGAAAUAUGCUGAGUGGGCUGGAAAACGUGCAGAGCGAGAGAUGUGA